UGGUUUUUGCGGGAUUUAUUUUGGACCCCUUUUUUGUUGAAAAUAUGACAUGUGUUAACCAUAGACUCUAACCGGUCUUAUAAUACAUCCAUGGUUUUAACGCUCAUAGGUCGGAUAUUGACUGUUUAACCACGUUGCAGGGUGUCAUCAUGUGAAGAUGUCUUCAUUAGUGGCCUAUGAGGAUUCAGAAUCAGAGGAUGAUUAUCUUGAUCAAACGGAGGAGGGAGCAUCAGUUUCUGUUCAAGCUGGAUUUUGUGACGAAAACCAAGAAGUCAGGAUGUGUAAUUCCUCUGAGGUAAUGAGCCCUCACAGCUUCACUCCUGCCCAUGACAGGUCAGUUUUGGAAUAUCAUGGAGAUGUCUCAGAAAGAAGCAGUUCUUCACUACACCCACAUUCACAGCCACAGAGCUGUUCUGACUGGGAAAGAAAAUAUCGCAGUGACAGGGCAGCACAAGAAAAACAUUUUAGAGAUACUGCAGCUCCUCUGAGUUUACCUGCGAUUCAGGAGAAGAUCUCACUAUUGCAGACUAUUCCUCCCAUGCCACAAAGUUUUAGCGAUGGGUUGAACUCAGCAAAGAGACAUCACACUGUCCUGUCUGGUGUCAGACCGUACAUCCCCAAGAGACAGAGACUUGCCACUUUAGUAGAGACAGUGGACCCAAAGUACCCAGCAGAGCAAGUCCCAGGGAAUCGGACCAGGGAAAGCCAAAUUCUUUCCGACGUGUCGGCGAGAGUAAAGCCUUAUCUUGCCCACAAGCCCGGCGCUGCAGGGAUACCAAGGAGGCUUCUGAUGAGCCUGGGAGGCCACCAGGGUCCAGUCAACACAGUGCAAUGGUGUCCUGUGCCUCAUCUCAGUCAUCUGCUGCUGUCUGCCUCCAUGGACAAGACUUUCAAGGUGUGGGAUGGAGCAGAAAGCGGAAGAUGCCUGAGGGUUUACACCUGCCAUUCGGGAGCUGUGCGUGAUGCCUGUUGGACCCCCUGCGGGCGUCACCUUCUCACUGGCUCCUUUGACAACACGGCUGUGAUCACAGACGUAGAGACGGGGCAGCAGGUAGUGAAAUUGGACAACCAGUUCAAAGUCAUGUGUGUGGUCCUGCAUCCCAGCAACCCAGACGUAUUCCUGUGCGGAGGUUACAGUUCAGUGGUCAAGGCCUGGGACUCUCGCAGCUGCAAGGUGGUGAAAGUGUACAAAGCAGGGAUCCAGCAGACCCUGGACAUCCUGUUUCUGAAAGGUGGUGUGGACUUUAUAACAAGCUCUGACUGCGUGAGCAGAGAUUCUGCCGACCGCACCCUCAUCGCCUGGGACUACCAGACCACAGCCAAGAUCUCCAACCAGAUCUACCAGGAGCGGUACACGUGUCCCAGCCUUGCUGUCCACCCACUGGAGGAGUCCUUUGUUGCUCAGACUAACGGGGACUACAUGGCGGUGUUCUCCUCCCAGCAGCCCUAUAAAAUGAACAAGAGGCGGCGAUACGAAGGACACAAGGUGGAGGGAUACGCAGUGCAGUGUGAGUUUUCUCUGGAUGGAACUAUCCUGGCCUCAGGAAGCUCCACCGGCUCCGCUCACUUCUACGAUUACCACAGCGUUCGUAUGCUGCACACUCUCCACGCCCACAGCCAGCCUUGCCUGUGUGUUUCUCAGCAUCCCGUCCUGCCUGCCACUGCGGCUACCUGUGACUGGGCUGGUGAGAUCAAGGUCUGGCACUAAGGCCUCUGAAUGAACAAUAUGGACUAAAAAAGGCCAAGAGAAGAUUAUACUUAACUGAAAAAUAAUGUGCACAUCCAUCUUCAAGACUGUAUCUCCCAUAAUCUCUUGGCAUAAGAUGAUAAGAACUUGGCAAAUAAUGCUGGAUGUCAGCAAAUCUACUAUCUACUGACGCCUUUGAAAAACAAUCUUUUUGUGUAUCUUGUAAUGUUCUCACAUUAUUUAAAAAAACACCCACAUCACUCCUAUUGAUAUUAACUUCUAUAUUGUGUAAAUGUUAUUGCAAGCAUGUUUUUCAUAUUUGGCCCAUCUUCAGGGAAAUCGGGGAAUGAUGCACUGGGUUAGAUAAAAGUUUCUUUACAGUUCA